AUGGAUGAAAUCUACAACAACAUUACACAUAGGAACAAGCUUAGAAUUAGAACUGAAACGACUGUAUCAAAUGAUGAAUCGUUUCUUGAUAAUUCUUAUCAAAGUAUGCCUAAUGUUGGAUACACAGACAGCUUAGAACUAUCCGACCUGAAAUGUACAAUAGAAAGGUUAAAUACGGAAUUAAAUAUUGCCAACGCUGAAUUAGAAAAUUUAAAUCUUGAAAAUGGAAGACUGAACAAAAAAAUAUUAGACUACGAGAGGAAAAUAUAUUUAUUAAAAUCUGUCGGAAUACAAGACCUAAGAAGAUCCACAACAUGCACACCUUUAAAAUUGUAUUCUCCGCAGUACAAGAAACACAGAUCAGAAAACAUUAUAACAGACACCCCUAUCCGACCCCUAAAAGGGACUAUAACAUUUAAGAACUUCGACUAUAGUUCCCUCAAAUCCACUAUGAUGAAGAAAGAGCAUCUUGAUGAAUUAGCAAUCAUGGACUGUAACGGAACACCUACCAAGGGAUGCCGAAAUUGCUGCACACCAAUGAUAGAUAGUGAUAGUGACCUUCCCUGCGGUGAAGAAGUAAAACCCUACUGCGAUAUGUCGAGACGAAAGAAUCGAGUAGUAAUUAUUGCGGAUCAAUCUGGCCAGGGGUUAAGGAAAAAAUUGCAAGAAAUUUUAGGAAAUGAGUAUUUCGUGUACUUAAAAGCUAACGCGCAUAUUGACCAAAUACUAAUCUUGUGA